AUGAACGCAAUUGAAGUCAUGCUCAGUCAUACAGAUGUUAGCCACAUUUGUAUCUCGGAAAAGCAGCAAGACAAGGACGCCCGCGAGGUUUUCCAGAAAAUUGAGCUUUACGAGUUGCAGAACUACAUCGGAUUGAAAGACCACAUCAAAGUGUAUGAGCAACUAUCAACAAUCGUCGAUUUUUACGAGAAGCAGCGAGAGAUUAUCGAAAAAAGGUUAGCGGACAUAAACGAAAUCACUACGAAGUACGGCAGCAUGCGAGCACCUCCCUAUCGACCAGGAAGAGGUGGUUUAGCAAACAGGCUCUCUCGGGUAGCGAACAUCAGAUUGAUGAAACAAAAGAAGCAGCAACAAGCGUACCUGAUUUCAAAAAUGCAAGAAAUAAUUGGCAACUACGAAUCAGAGCCACCUCAGCUCGAACUUCUUGAAUUUGCGAUUCCUGAUUCCGGAAGUCCUUGA